AUGGGCCAGACACUUUCUGAGCCCGUCGUCGAAAAGGCGUCGGCAACUGGCGGCGAUGAACGCCUCAUCUACGGCGUGUCGGCCAUGCAGGGCUGGCGUAUCAGCAUGGAGGACGCGCACACGACAGUCCUCGACCUACUAGCCAACAACCCCAAGGAGGCCAAGGAACACAGCCAAAGGCUCUCCUUCUUCGGCGUCUUUGACGGCCACGGCGGCGACAAGGUGGCAUUAUUCGCGGGCGCCAACAUCCACGACAUCAUUGCGAAGCAGGACACAUUUAAGACCGGCAACUACGAGCAGGCUCUCAAGGACGGCUUUUUGGCGACUGACCGGGCAAUUUUGAACGAUCCCAAAUACGAGGAGGAAGUCUCUGGGUGCACCGCAUGCGUCGGUCUUAUCAGCGAUGAUAAAAUCUAUGUGGCCAAUGCUGGCGAUUCGAGAUCCGUACUGGGCGUAAAGGGCCGCGCGAAACCUUUGUCUUUCGACCACAAGCCUCAGAAUGAAGGCGAGAAGGCUCGUAUCACUGCCGCUGGCGGUUUCGUCGACUUUGGUCGCGUGAACGGAAACUUGGCUCUCUCUCGAGCUAUUGGCGAUUUUGAGUUCAAGAAGAGCGCCGAGCUGGCGCCCGAGCAGCAAAUCGUUACCGCAUACCCCGACGUUAUGGUCCACGACUUUUCCGAUGAUGACGAGUUCCUCGUACUUGCUUGCGACGGUAUCUGGGAUUGCCAGUCUUCCCAAGCGGUUGUCGAGUUCGUCAGGCGAGGCAUUGCCGCCAAGCAGGAUUUGGACAAGAUCUGUGAAAACAUGAUGGACAACUGCCUGGCCUCCAACUCGGAGACGGGUGGCGUUGGCUGUGACAACAUGACCAUGAUCAUUGUUGGUUUCCUCAGGGGACGGACUAAGGAGGAGUGGUAUGAGGAGAUUGCCAAGCGCGUUGCCAACGGUGACGGCCCUUGCGCUCCUCCCGAAUAUGCUGAGUUCCGCGGUCCCGGUGUGCAUCACAACUUUGAUGAUAGUGACAGCGGGUAUGAUCUCGAGGACAACGGAAACAAGGGCAAGCCCUUCGGCAUGGGUGGCUACAAGGGUCGCAUCAUCUUCCUCGGCGACGGAACUGAGGUCCUGACCGACGCCGACGACACCGAGAUGUUUGACAACGCAGAGGAGGACAAGGAUCUUGCCAGCCAGGUCUCCAAGUCCCCCUCAAGCACAUCAGCGAACGAUAAGGCCGCCCAGACGUCGGCUGCCGACCAGGACCAGAAGGAGCAGGCUGCCAUUGCCGCGGCGGCGGCGGAUAACAGCACACAGCAAAACGCCAAGAAGGAGGAGGGAAGCUCGCCGGCUAAGGCUUAG